UUAUUUCCGAAUGUGGAAAGUCAGAUUAAAAUUAUAAAAAAAUCAAAAUGUUGAAAAAACAAAGUGGAAUAUUAUAAACUAAAAUAAAUCCCACCAAUCCAAGUCGCCCGCAAUAAAUAUAAUACAACAACAAAACUGGUUAGUCGUCAAAACAACAACACUUGAACUAAAAAAUUAAAAAAAAAAUCAACAUUUAUUGUUACCGUAUUGUUUUAUAUGAAAAUAUUUCACUUGAAUUUUAAAAAAAAAUAUAACUGCAAAACAUGUGGCAACCCUCAUCUCUACCUUCCAUAAACAACAAAAGUUCUCUUCCACCGGCAAAUAAUGCAUUAUAUGCAACAACUCCACCUUUGGCCGCACCUCUAAUCACAGCGCCACCUAUUGGCCCGGUGGAUAGUCAUGAAGUGAAAAUUCCUCUCAACAAAUUUCAAGUGAAUGAUUUAUCCGCGUCCUCGGCAAGUUUUGGUGUCACAAAUUCAGCUGAGGCGGCUGUAGCAGCAGCCGCUGCUAUGUAUUAUAACGCCGCUGCGGCAGCCACCACCGUUACCACAAACAAUUUAUUUCCAAAUCCUUUGCCUCCUCUUAGUUUUAUGGCCCAUUUACAACACUACAUGAGAACACGAAGGCCUCACACGGGAGUGGAGAGAGAAGAGGUGCUCAAGCAAACAAACAUUGGCAGAGCUUUUGCACCACCAACAACAGCAACAGCUACACAGCUAGUCGCAUGUGAGGAGGAGAUCACCAAUGACACCAGUGUCGCCACAACAGCAACACCAAACAAUGGCCACUUGUUGCUGGCUCCAUCGACGGCAGGACUAACCACAAAUAUGCUGAUGACAUCAGCAACGCAACCACAACAUGUGACCCCAACCCCGGGUCCAUUGGUUGGUGGCGGUGGUGGUGGCGCCUUGGAUAUGUUGCCAUUGGAUAUUUUAACCGAUACAUUUUUGCGUUUAAAUGCCUUACAUUUAAGCCAUAUGGCAGGAGGAGUGACAGUGACACCAACGGCCAGCGCAUUUCCUCCACCCCCACCCCUGGAUUCCAUAAAUACCACAACUAUGGCGGCCGCCGCCGCAGUGGCAGCAGCGGCAACAAGUAAAAGAUAUAAUCAUAUACCAGGCACGACGUCGGCGACGGCAGCAGCAGCUGCGGCUGCCAUGUUGGCAUUGCCUCUAAAUUUAACACCGCCAUCACCAACAACACUUCCGCCGCCUUCGCCACAUCAUGCUUAUUUUCAACUGGAACAUCAUCGCCAACACCAGAACCAGAACCAUCACCAGCUCCAUCACCACCUGAAGACAUUAAACACAAAUUCCCCGGCAAUAAAAUUAACUACCUCAAAAAAACCAGGCGAGUCAUAUCGAAAUAAUGGCAAUGCCAUUGCCGAUGAUGAUGAAGAUGAUGAUGAUGAAGUUCAGAAUUAUACAACCAAGUCAUUGCCGCCAAGAUCAUCUGCGUUUCCCUCGUUGCCGGUUAAGACGGCAAUAAAAACCUCUCAACCAGGAGUUUCCAAUUUAUUUCGAGCAGCAGAAUUACAUGAUUCUUCAAACUUCAUCUCCACCACUUCCUCCUCAACAAACUGUGAUCUUCAACGGGCUUUACGCAAACGCACCAGGGAGAGGGAACGCGAGCGGGAACAAUACAAACGGAUUAAAACAAGCACUCAUCAUCAACAGCAGCAGCAGCAGAAACACGAACCCCACCACCACCACCACCAUCUUCAAAAUCUCCGACCUCCAUACCUGCCAAAUGACGUUAGCAAUCAGGAAACCAACAGUCAUCGGCUGGACAGCCGGAGCACCCAUCAACAGGAGGCUGAUGAAGAGGAGGUGGAGGGCGAGGGGUCUUUAUUGCCGCCACCCAAAAAGAAAUGGAUACGUCAUUAUUUGAAUGAAGAUGAAAAUAAUGGCUCCAAUGCAACCUCCUUCAUGCUAGUCAGCAAUCCUGAAGAAGCACAAAAACAACAACAACAACAACAUCAAGAACAAGAAGAAAUGUUAAUAGAUAUUGAGUGUGAUGAUGAAGAUGAGCAACAACAACAACAACAACAACAACAACAACCGCAACAACGGAAUCGAACUAUUUCGAAUUCCCGAAAUUCUGCCAUUUUAUCAACUGUCGCCAAAUUCACUCUAAUCGAUAGUAAUGGCGAGAUCUUUGGCAAUGCUACCGCCCGGCAACCCAUGUUGCUUACGAAUACCGCAUCCACCACCCCCUCUGGUGGUGGCAUACGAAUUGUCCCGCAGCCGGGCUUAAAUACCAAGACCAUUAGUAUUCCCCUAAAUGGCAAACAAAUACCCAUAGUGGCCGCCAUGUCAUACCCAUUGACCCAAACGCAGCAGGCCUUGAACAAUGCCAGCAACAAUAGCGGUGGUGGUGUCGGCGCGGGGUCCAUUGUGCCACGUCACAAACAAUUCACCCCCCUAACACCACCGCCAACGUCCAGUAGAAAAUUUGUUGAGCCCCUACAAUCUCGUAUACGCAGUCACUCAAUGUCCUCCCAUAAAUUUUCAGCCCACCACCACCAUCAUCAUCAGCACCACCAUGGAGGAAACAGCAGCAGCAACGGGGGAGGCAAUAGCAUGAUGGUCGAUGACAUACCACCGACGCAACAACAUCCCAGCAGUUUUGCACUGACAUCGAAUUCACCGCCCCGACAGGGUGGUGGCGGCAGUCAUUACAUGCACAUGAUGACCGGUGCAUUGGGAUCCCAGCAGGCAGGAUCUGCAGGUGGAAAUGGGCAUGUUACGCCUAGAAGGCGUACCAUAAGUUCCACAAGUAAUGGGGCCGGUACCCGUGAAGUCCACAAUAAACUAGAGAAAAAUCGUCGUGCCCACUUAAAAGAAUGCUAUGAACAGCUGAAAAGUCAACUAUCGCUAAAGGAUGAAGAUCGUCGAAAAACCUCGAAUUUAGCCAUUCUGGGUGAAGCUUUAAAAUGUGUUGAGACUUUCAAAAAACAAAAUCAAGAAUUGGAAGCGGAAAGGGAACAUCUGGCAAAUGAUAAAAUCAAUUUGCAAAAACGUAUUGUUACUUUAAAACGUGAACUUGGUCCAAAGUAUGAACAAAUAUUCUCGGGUAUAUUUUCCGAUAUCGAAGUUGGUAGCAUUCCAAGUGAGAGAGAUACCAUUAAUGAUACACAUUCGCUCUCAUCUAGCCGUGGCAGUACAUUGUAUAGCUCAUCCAGUUCGCUGUCCAGUGGUGGCAGUAAUGGUAGCAACAGUAACGGCAGCAGCAAUGCAAUGUCAUCACCAGUUGGCGCUGGUUUGCAAACUGCUAUGCCAACCGCAAUAUCGCCUGUGAUAACUAAAAUCAACUCGAGCAACUCCACCAACAACAACAGCAACAACAAUUCAACAUCAUCACCCAUUACCAUUAACAGCAACCAUGUGGUGUUGCAGCAGCAGCAGCAGCAGCAGCGCAAGCAUCCAAUUACAACAACAAUCCAAGCUGUGGCCAUACCAACUCAGGUCCUUGCUGCUGGCAGUGGCAGUGGAGCAGCCAAUACUACUGCUGCUUCUGGUAGCCCCCCAAUUGGCAGUCCCAAUGCCUUGCUAACCUUUGGCCUGGCCAAUGGCGCCAGCAGCAGCAGUGUGCCCCUAUCAUUGACGGCCAAAAAUAUCUCGGCCACGGCCAUAACACGUGGCUCGCCAACACCCUCAACUCCCUCACCGUCACCGUCCUCAUCGAGUGGCGUCUCAUCGUCGUCAUCACUGAUCUCGUCAUCGCCCCCCAUAAAUGGGGUGAUCAACAAUAAUGGUCGCAAUGUGACCGUUAACAUUCCUAAUGGCUUGAAAUUGCAAGCAGCAGCAGCCAAUGGUGGUCUUGGUGGAGUUGGCACGGUGACUGCCCAUGCCAUAGCUGGAACAAUUGGCAAUGGCGCCGCUUCGGCUGCCGCCACAAUUAUCGCAACAUCAGCACCCGCACAAGGAGUUACCAACACCAAUAAUGCCGCGUCCUUUGCAGCAGUUCCAUCGGCCAGCCAAAUGACCCUCAACCAUGGCCAACAAGCAGCGGCAUUCUCGUCAUCAUCACAACCUCCUAAACUACAAUAUAAUGGCUGUGGCGGUGGUGCUGGUGGUGGUAGUCGCAAGAAAAACAACAACAACAACAACAACAACAACUCCCACAAUAUUAUGAGGGACAACAACAACAUCGCAAUGGCCAACAAACAUCAACAGCAACAACAGCAUUCAUCGCCCGCAGAAGAUGGUGAACAACCAGCGGCCAAAUUUUUAAAAGUAUUAAACACCACAUCACUUUUGUCCUCCAGUGCUGGGAGUGGUGGUAGUAGUGGUGGUACAAUGGGUCUUGGAGGUGGUAUUGUUGGUGGUAUUAGUAGUAUUAACGCUCUGCAUGAAAACCUUACAACCAAUGUCCUUGUCAAUGGCCAGAAAAUGAUACUGACCAAUGGCGGCAGUAGUUUAAUGGCAAACGGUGCGGCUCACAACAGUGCCAAAUUGAACCUGACAAAUGGCAAAUUAUUCAAUAAUGGCAUUUCACUAAACUCCCCAUGCGCCACUUCGUCCGCGGUGGCAGCCAAUGAAUUGUGUCGCCUGCCAGGUGGUGCCGAAUUGAAUAUCUUGAACAACAACAACAACAACAGCAACACCUCCAACAACACAACAUUGGCAACCGCAUUUUAUCAUGCCAAUGGGAAAAUCACCGUCCUAAAUGGUGGUGGUCUACCGGUAUCAUCAUCGUCAUCUUCAUCACUAACAUCCUCGCUUGUAGCGCCUCCAAUCUCAACAACAUUCAAUGGCCAAACCACCGUCACCAAUGGAAUUUUACUUAAAGAUGCCUCAAGUGUCACCCCAUUACUCCUGACAGCUGGAGUUCCAACCAGUGCAACAACAACAACAUCAUCAUCAUCAAAUGCUGCAAAUGGUUUGCAUUUUAAUGGCAAUUUUGCCCAACUACUGGCAGCAGCUGCCAAUUCGAACAACAAUAAUCAUCACCAUCUCUCAGGAGCAGCAGGAGGAACAGCAGCAAUAGCUGGAGCAACAAGUAAUGGUGUCAAUUUAUCCUCAUCGGAGAAAUCCAAUACAAAAAAUAAUUCUAAGCCUUCACAUGUUGCUGCUUGGCGCACAGAGGCUGCAGCUACCACAAACUGAAUUCCACACCAUUUAAACUACAUGUACUACAUCUAAAAUGAAAAUGGACUACUGGCAAAUGGUUGUAAUAAUGGAAACCUAUUCUACACACCUCACUCUCUCUUUUUUAACCUAAGAAACAAAACUACAAGAACUUUAUCCAGGGUGAAAAUGAAGAGUUUUGAGUCAUCAUCAUCAUCAGCGUCGUCGAAUAGCUGCUAAUAUCUUCUACUAUUAGGUACUACUAUAAAGAAAGAAAGAAUGAAGAAUAUUAACAAGAACAACAACAAAUGAAAAUGCUCCCACCUUUUGUCAAACAUGACAUGUGACAACAAAGAAACAAACAAAAACACACCAUACAUAACAAAAACACAACCUCAAAAGAACAACCUAAUCUAAUAAUAAAACAAAUAGUAAUGCUACAACAAAAAGAGGUAGAAAAUAACAAAUAAAACAACAUCAAUCAAGUUCUAAUAACAGCAAUUUAGGGAUCCUGAUUCUUAAAGGAUUUUAAACAGCAGGUUUUCAUGCAUUCAUUCAUUCAGUCAUCUACUACUACUUAUCACACAACAUUAACAUAAUAUCUACAAAAAUCCAUACCAGAGAGAAAACAAAUCAAAAUGAAACAAAAGAGAAAUAUCCUUUUUUUAAUAUUCAUCCAUCAAUCACACUUAUAUAAAACAGCAUGUUUUUUUUUUAAUUCGCAACGAGUAACCAUUUUUUUUUUUGUUUUCUGUAAAGAUAUGAAAGUAACAAAAUUAAAAGCGCUACAAUUUCAAAUUAUGUAGAGAAAGAGAGAAAAUAUAUUUACCACAUAUUUAUAAUAAUAGAGAAAACAACAACAACAACAACAACAAAAAGGAAAGAAACGCAAAAAAAAAAAACAAACAGAUCCGCCCAUCAUCAUAUUAUUAUUAUAGAAGAGAUAUAGAGAAAACAUCGAUUUCCGUUUUUAAACAAACUAAACAGAAACUAAUCACUAGAAUAAAACACAACAAUGUUAGAGAAAGUAUUGUAUUGUUUUUGUAAUCCGGAAUUGUCCAUACCAAGGUCUAUUUUAUAAGGCCACACAGAUGGCGGAAUUCAGACUCGAAUUUUGUUCUUGCUGUCAGAAGUAUUUUGGCGAGGAAACGAUCCAAAAGAAAAACAGUUACACAGUAAGACCACCAUCUGACUAGCAAUUUUGCUGUCCAAAUAUGUUUUUGUGAUGAGAUUUCAAAAUGAACCUCAAAAAAUGUUGGACCCUAAAAAAAUAUUCUUUGUGAAAAAGAAUUGAAAACAAUUAUAAUUUUUGUUGAUUUCGAGGCCGCAAAAAAAAGUUGUUAUUCUUUUUAUUAAUUUUCCUGGGUGAAAAUGUAUCAGAAAAUAAAUUAUUUUGAAGUGUUAAUAAUUCACCACCUGUGUAACCUGUUCAUAGACCUUGGUCCAUAUACCGUAUAAAUAUCAUUUUCAAAUGUAAUGCUUAAAAUAUUGUUUUUACAACCUACACCACAUAAUGGUAAGGGUAUUAUUUAUUCUUGUGAACAAAACGAAGGUCGCAUUUAUUAUCCGAUUGAGAUGAAAUUUUCCAAACAACGUUUGUUUGUCCCAAAGACGAACCCUAUUGGAGUUGUUGAUAAUCGGAUAAUAUUUAGAUAUAGCUCCCAUAUAUAUCUUCAACCGAUUUUGGGUUAAUUGUGCAUCAAAUGGCCAAUAUCUGUCCGAAAGUCCUGAAUGUUGGCUCACCACAUAGUGGUAAGGGUAUUAUAUCUUUGUGCAAUUGUUUAUAACAUAGAGAAGGAAGCGAGAUAGACCCUUAGUUACUUUUGUGGAUCUUCAUAAAAUCACUCUCUGAGUCGAUUUAUGUAUGUCAGUCCGCCUGUCCAUCCAUGUGUUCUUGUGAACAAAAUGUAGGUCGCAUUUGUUUGGCCCAAAGACGAUCCCUAUUGAAAUUGGUGAUAAUCGGAUAAUAUUUAGAUAUAGCUCCCAUAUAUAUCUUCAAUCGAUUUUGGGUUAAUUGUGCAACAAAUGGCAAAUAUCUUUCCGAAAGUCCCGAAUUUUGGCACAUCGCAACGAAUUCUGUCUAGAAGAAAGUACAUCAAAUUUGGUGAAAAUAGGUACAGAUAUAACUAUGCCCCCCAUAUAUAUAUUUCAUCCGAUUUGGUGUUUAAAUCCCUCACAUUCGUAGUAUGCAUUCGACAACAAUGAUAUUCGGUACCAGAUAUCUUAUAGAGCUCGGAAAUACCUUUGGCAAAUUUUAUCUGUUCAGAUUUGGAUAUAGCUCCCAUAUAUAUCUUCAACCGAUUUCGGGUUAAUUCAGUCCAAAUGAUCGGAAUUUUGGCACAUCGCACCGAAUUCUGUCUAGAAGAAAGUACAUAAAAUUUGGUGAAAAUAGGUUCAAAUAUAGCUAUAGCUCCCAUAUAUCGGUUUCAUCCAAUUUGGGGUUUUAAGUUCCUCACAUGCGUAAUAUGCAUUCGACAACAAUGAUUUUUGGUACCAGAUAUCUUAUGGAGCUUGGAAAUACCUUUGCCAAAUUUUAUCAAGAUCGCUUCAGAUUUGGAUAUAGCUCCCAUAUAUAUCUUCAACCGAUUUUUUGGUUAAUUGUGCACCAAAUGGCCAAUAUCAGUCCAAAUGAUCUGAAUUUUGGCACAUCGCACUAAUUCUGUCUAAAUUUGGUGAAAUUCGGUUCAGAUAUAGCUAUAGCUCCCAUGUAUCGGUUUCAUCCAAUUUGGGGUUUUAAGUUCCUCACAUGCGUAAUAUGCAUUUGACAACAAUGUAUUUGGUACCAGAUAUCUUAUAGAGCUCGGAAAUACCUUUGGCAAUUUUUAUCUGUUCAGAUUUGGAUAUAGCGCCCUUUUAUAUAUCCUUAAUACGAUUUCAGGUCUAUUGUGUAAAUAACAGCUAAUAUAACCUAAAUGGAUCUAAUUUUCACUUUUCCGACGUAUUUCGGCCAUAAGCAAAGAGGUGUUGGGUAUCAUAUAGUCGGCCCCGCCCGCCUUUGGACCUUUCCUUACUGGUUUUAAUUUGUUCAAAUAUAGAGAACAAAUUAUUUGUAAUCGCCUUUAACCACUUUAGUCUGGGGGAUAACUGAAAAAUGCCUGUUUCGGAAGAUGGAAAACAAAUUAUACAGAAUUUGCUUCCCCAUAAGCCUAUAUCUAACACCGAAAAGAGUGGGGCUGAGUAAUUGAUAUCGUCAUCACCUCAAUUCGAACUCAUGACCCUUAUGUUACAAUGACCUGUGAUUAAACCCACCCCAAGUUUUAGGUCUGAUUUUGCAAUGAAUAUGAACGACUUGGAUCUUUUCUCAGAGAGCACCUGACAAAUUUUCUUAGAAUAAUGUUUAUGUGUCGCUCGAAAGAAGUGGCACAAGGGUGCUUUCACUGAGUUCUCGAUCUCCUAAUCGAUUGACUCGGAUCCACGUCCUGCCAAUUCAGUUGAUUUCCUCACGCCAUUAAAAUUUUAAUAAAUUUGGUCCUUUUCAUUUUAUUUUCUAUCCUCAUCAAAGUGAUCCCAGAAAGUCCUAUUCCCAGAAGUGGGGUUAUGGCAAGGGAUUAUUUUAAGAAAGGUUUUGACCCUAAAGCAGUUGAAAAUCUGGGCCUUUUAUGAAAAUUAGAAUAGCAGCGCUGUAAAGAGUUUAAUCACAAUUCCAAUUUUGAACUAGUAGGACUUACCAUGGUAUAAAUUUUGGGCAUUUUGGGUUUUCGAGAAGGUUUUUUUUUAAUCUUCUAUUUGUCUUGCAAAGCGAAGGUAGUCUUCUUGGCCGACCAUAUGUUGGUCUUGUAUAAAUCCAUUGUACAUGCACAAAUCAAAGAAGGGGAUCCCUUUUCUAGACAUUGAAACUUGAAAUAUUUCGAAUAUUUGAAAAGCAUUAAAAAAAUGCAAUUACAUUUGAAAAUGAUAUAAUUUCCGAAAUUUGAAAAAGUUUUAAAUACCACCCAUCAAACACACAAACAUUUAUUACCAUUUCUCCAUUCAUCCAUCACACAUGCCAUGAAGUUUUCCCCAAAAAUAUCACCUCAACCUUCAAGAGUUUCCGUUUUUGGCAUAUCCCUAUUCUUUUUUUUUAUAAACAAACAAUAUCAUAUGGAAAUAUAAAAAUAAGAAUUGUUAUGUUUUCAUUUUCAAAUAAAAUUUGGUUUCAAUUAAAGAAAAAAAAAAAAACAAAACGAAUGGAAAAUAAUUCGGAUACUAUAACAAAAACACAAAAAAAAAAAAUAAAAACAAAAUGAAAACAUGUUGUUUUUCAACGCUGUUUUGUAACAGAAACCACCAAAAAAAGGCAACGCUUUAUAAGAAAAAAAUAAUACUAAACAAAAAAAAAUAAAUUAAAAACAAUACAACCACAACAAUAUUAAAUGUUUAAAGAAUUAUAGAAAUAAUAAAGAAAAUAUAGUUUUUAUUACAACAAAUAAACAAAAACCCUACAAAUUAAGAAAUAAUUAAAACAAAACUACAAAAAAAAAAAAAUAGUCACCUCCCCCCGUAAUGAUCCUCCCCUACUCCUCUCUUUCUCACAUGAACAAGAAGCAAAACGAAUAACAUCACCAUCAUCACCACAAUGACUACAUGCAAAGAAAGAAGAAGCCAACCUAACUCCCUCCCGUUUUUAAAUUUUAAUUUUGAUUUUUAAAUUUUAAUUAUUAUUUGUUUUAGUAAAACCAAAAACACACACACUACCACAAUAUACUAAUUGUUAAUCUACCAUAUCUAAAUCUAUAUUCAUACUGUAAUGAUUUGAAAAAUGUAGCUUUAGAAAAUGACGAAGAAGAUAUUUAUAUUGAGAAAAUAUGGUUGAGUAUCCAGUCUCUUGAAAAGUGUAAACAAAUAUUUCUAUACUAAAACUUGGCUGGUUCCUUUAUUUUUUAAGAAAAUGUUUGAAAUCGUCAUUUUUUAGAUUAGAAAAAAAAAGAAAAUUAGAAAAAUUUUCCCUUUUAUGGAAAUUGAAAUAGAAUUUUUAGUACUUUGGAAGGUUUUAAGAGAUUAAUUCCAAUUAUAAAUUUUUACAAUAUCGAACAACCUUAAGAAGUUGUAGUAAAUUAAGAGGAUUAAAUAAUUUCUUAGGCCAUUAAAAUGGUGUUAAAUGUGACCAUAACCCCAUUUCAGGAAUUGAGACUUUCUUUUGAUGACAAAUUGAAAUCAAAUAAAAAGACUUUAAUUUCUCAACAAAAGGAGGUCUUACUUCCAGAAGUGAGUUAUUUUUUAAAAGAAAACAAUUACAAAUACCUCAAAACAUAAAUUGCAACUUUGACAAAAUAUUACCUCAGGCUAUUAAAAUGUCAUUAAAUGCGGUCCUUUUCAUUAGAUUUUCAAAUCUCAUCAAAGUGAUUUCAGAAAGUUUCAUUUCCAGAAGUGGGGUUAUGUUAAGGGAUUAUUUUUUUAAUAAAAGGAAGAUUAUCUCCGUUUAGCAGUUGAAAAUUUAUGCCUCUUAUGAAUAUUUAAGAAUAAUACCACAAAAUGUGAUUUAAGAGAUUAACCCCAAUUCCAAUUUUGACUAAAUUUAACAAAAUAUGUUGCAAUGAAGUAGAAUGAUUUUAAAUUUUAAAAUAGUUCCUUGGGCCAUUCUAAUGGUAUUAAUUUUUCGCAAUUUUCAUUCGACUUUAAAUCGGGAAUGAUUUGGCAGAAUAACACAAUCCUCUAUUUAUACUCUACACCACAUUGUGGCACAGGGCAUGAUGUAAUGCAGGAGGAAACGUAAUAGAUCCAUGAAUCUUUUCAAAAUCUCCAUAGAAUCACAUUCUGAGUCGAUUUAUGAAAUGAAAUUUUUCACAAUUUUUUGUUUGGUCCUAGGACUAAUCCCCUUUGAAAUUGGUAAUAAUCGGUCCAAAUCUACAUAAAACCCUCAUAUAUAACUUGGUCCUUAUUGUGCGCCAUAUGUGUGUGCCAUAUACAUUCAAAUAGGAUGUAUUCCGGCACAUCCGACCGAGUUCAGUCUAGAAACAAGUACUUCAAAUUUGAGAAAAAUUGGAUCAGAUAUAGGUUUGGAUAUAGCAUCCAUAUAUAUCUUCAUCCGAUUUCACGGUUAUUGUGUAUCAGAUAUGUAAUAUCAGCCCAAAUUGAAUGGAAUUUUCCACAUUCAACCGAAUUUUUCAAUUUGCUGAAGCCCGGUUUCCAUAUGUUUUUAUACCCUCAGCCAUAUAGACCCUAGGUCUCUUUGGACCAAAUCUAUUUCAGGACAUUUGGAGUCGAUCUAGCGAUGUCCGUCUGUCUGUCUGGCUGAUGCGCACGAUAAAUCUCGAAGGUAGUAUCCGAUUUGGUUUAAACUUGGUACAUCGUAAUAUUAUUAUCAAACUUAAAUCGAGUUUAGAAAUGGACAAUAUUGAUCCACUAAUUCUGGUACUUCCCCUACAAAACGUCGAAAUUUUCAAAAAACAAAAAAAAAAUGUUUUACUGCACAGAACGGGAAACGAUAAUCCGAUUCUGCUGCAACUUUGCAAAUCUUAAUAUUUGCUUCAGUGCUAAGUCAGGUGCGAAAAUGGACAAUGUCGGUCAACUCCAUCAAGUACCUCCCCCACAAGGGGUCAACAUUUUCAAUAAUUAUGACUCCUAUAGAUUGUGAUGUAAGUGUUUGAUUGCCUUCAAAUUACACAUGUCGCGAUAUUUUUAAGCUAAGCUCUGGUGUGAAGAUGGAAUAUAUCGGUCCACUCCUACUGGUACCUCCCCCACAAAGGGUCAAAAUUUUGAAUAUCGUAGAAGCUCAUAAAUCGCGAAAUUAUCAUCCAAUUUCAUUAAGACUUGGUACAUCUCAAUAUUUCCAUCAACACAAGAUCUGUUAUAAAAUGAUACAGAUCGGACCAUUUCUUCUGAUACCUUCCCUACACAGGGUUUAAGAUUUUUGAAAAGCAAUACGCUCAAAGAAAGCAAAAUAAGCAUCCAACUCACUUCAAAUUUCACACAUCCAAAUAUUUUUGAUUACACAAGAUCUGUUGUGAAGAUGAUAUAUAUCUGCCAACCCCUUCUGGUACCUCACCCACAAAGGGUCACAAUUUCCAAUGCUUAUAUCUGCUGUCAUAACUUGCCAAACAAGUCGGCGAUUCUUUACAACAUUCUAUAUCUAAAUAUUUCUUUUAACCCAAAAUCUGAUACAUAAAUUUUGAACAUAACAAUUAAAUGUAAUAUGAAAAUGAAAUAAUUCGGUCCGCCAUAUCUGUUACCUUCUGCAUAUUUCCACAUUUUCCAAAAAUUCGCACAUAUCUCACAUAAAGUAUAAGAAAUAGUCGAUAUAGUCCAAAUCUGGCACAUUGUAAUAUUUAUAUCAGUGUUAGGUCAGAUACGAGUUGGCCAACUGCUUCGAAACCUCCCCCAUAAAGGGUCAACAGUUUGAAUAAUCAUAACUCAAGGCUCGUGGGGUAUACAUCUGUCGUCAAAACCGACUGAUACUAUUUUACUAGUUUUGCAUAAAAUCUUGUAAAUAAUGAUAACCCAUAACCUCACUUUUCUGCAGGAUCCAUGUAAAGAAUCUAAAUUAGAAAACAUUGGCAGACCAAGAAAGGACAGCGUUAUUAGAUUUCCUCUUCUCCUAAGUAAGAUAGCUUUGGUAGGCAAAGUAUUUGUAUGUUGUUUUUUUUAUAUCUUGAGACUGGACAAUAUAUCCGCCAUGAAUGAAUUAAGGUUUUCGUUGAAUAAAUCACUUUUUUCAAAUCAUUACAGUAUUUUUUAUAUGUGUUGAGUUGGUAGAUCAUCUAACAAUUAUAGCCUUUUAUUUCACUUGUUUUUAGGUUAUGUUAUGGAAAGCAACCACAAAAAAAAAACUACAAAAAAAUAAUCAAAACAGAAAAAUAAAUUGAAAAAAAAAUCAACAAAAAUUACAAAAGCCAAUAAAAAUAAAUAAAGAAAUAACACUAACUAUUAUUACAGUGAAACAAAAAAAAAUAUCCACAAUGUUAAGUUCUAUAUAUGUAACAAAAAGUUUAUAAAGAAAAACUACUCAAAUAAUUUCUUUUAAACUAUUUUACCCCUCUUUUAAGAAACCUCAAUUCUAUUGCUCAUUACAAAAAAAAAAAUCUAAAAAUUAAUUUCUUUUCUGGCGAAAGAAUGAUUUUCCCCAAAGUCUGACACCGAUAAAUAUCUGACCAUAAAUUAAAUUUUGUUCUAGACAACUUUUCCGUUAAAUGAUGGCUUUGGCGUAAUCAGUCCAUGGACUUUCAUAUCCUCCCCUCCAACACUUUUCUACUCCUCGAUUUUUUUCUCUCUCUCUCUUUUAAAUGUUUAUCAUUACAUGGAAAGAAAAACUCCCCCCACCACCACCACUACCACCAAUCAAAAGAAAAAAAAAAUACCCCCCCAAAUAAAUUUAUCUGUGUGUAAUAAUUUAAGCAGAAUUACAAAAAAUUAGUAACUAAAAUCGAAAGAAAGAAAAAUCAUAAAAACAAAA